UAUCCAACCCCUGCAUUCGAAAAACAAUGGAAACAUUUGCAUCAGAAAAAUAUUGAAAAGUAAAAACAUUGAUUAUAAAUGUUUGCUAACUGUGCCUCUCAGACUCUUUAGGCAGUCCUCCAAAUAAUUCAGCCACUGCAGGCUUAACCAUGAAACUGCUUAGACUUUUUAUUCAUUUAGGUAAUUAAUGAUACUUCUAUAUCUAUUAUAUAACGCUGCAUUGUGUGAAAGUACUUUUAUAUUUAUGUAUGCUUAUAAGCGUAAUUUAAAAAUCUUCAAUAGUCUGUUCUUGUGGACAUUGGUGCUACAAAGUAGACCACGCUGUUUAGUCCCCUUCUUAUAGCAUAUAAAUAAUCAUAUUUAGAUUUAAACACAAAUUGAUUUACAAUUUUAAUUAUUUUAGGUUUGAUUCCUGUUAAAGAUGGAAAGUUUCGACUGUGCAGCACUAAAACCUUUAAAUCGUUAUUGAUCUGGUUUUGUAUUCCUGUUAGCUUGUACUUAUCCGUAAUGUGGAUGGUUGUAUUUUUGGACAGUCAAAGUUACUCAAGUGAUACUGUAAUUACUACUUGCUUGAUUGCAAUGGCAAUCAAUAUUGUUUCUACUACUAUGUUAAUACCUGGUCUUAUGGCAAAUCUAGUCGAAAAAUCAGAGAUUAAUUAUAAUGUCACAAAGUUUUCUAAACUCUGGCCUGUUCUUUACAUUCUUGCUGGCAUUGUUUCUAGCACAUUGACGAUCUACAAUUAUCAGUAUGUUGAUGGUUAUUUGUACUUAUCUAUUGCUCUAACUGUUUUCUUCAGUAUGUUAAAUGUGAUCAUGGGAUCUUUUUAUAUAACUUCUAGUUUGAUUUCAAUCUCAUUUAUAGAUGAGGCUAAAGAAAUGUCAACAAUUCAGGAUGUAGAACUUAUGAUCUCAUGUUCUAUGAAUCAAGUAAAGAAGAUAAGAAUGUUGAAGAGUGGAUUCAGUCCCCUCCUUGCUUUCAUGCUAACCAACCCAACAGUGUGUCUAGUAAUCUUCUCCUACACUGGAUUGUACUACUCAAAAAAGGAACAUUACUACCAGUGUUUAAUUUUUUUGUCAUGUGUUCCAGGAUUUUGCUUAUCAAUUUAUUAUCUCAUUUGUUGCUGUAACGAUACAUUUCUAGCUUUAUCUUUAAACAAUGACAAACUUAGACAAAUGUCCCGGAUGGUGGACCAUGAUAUUAAGUAUGAUAUACAAUUAGUUCUUGAGAUGAUCAAAGAAGAGGGACCUUUCACCGCUCUUGGAUUCUUUGCAGUGGAUAAAUCUACUUUCAUGACUAUUAUUGGAUGCACCAUCAACUAUCUGGUUAUCAUGCUCUCUCUCACAUAGACUUUUUAAAUAACAGUUUUUCAUCUAAAAGAAUUUAGAAUAUUAUUCAACAAUAAUAUAUGAUAACAAAUUUAUAACUAAAAUAAUAAAUGUUUUAGAAUAAACUUUUAUUGUGAA